AUGACGAUGCGAGAUUAUCCUAGUGGGGACCAGCAGACCCCCACCGGCUAUGGCUAUGGGGCAAACAACUAUCCUCCGAACCGACAAGGAAACCCAUCUCCUCAGUCCUUUAACCAUCCGAACAACAGUGGCUAUUAUUCGUAUCCUCCAUCUGGUGCCAACCCGUCGGAGGCAAAUUAUAACUACAACGCUGGGAAUCAGUCCUACCCCACGCAGUCGGAAUAUCCUCAGCCGCAGCCAUGGGCGGGGCCCUCCCCUUCACCUGGGAACUACUACCAGCAGCCGGAGAACCGAUCAUAUCAGAACCCCCCAUAUGGAGGACAGCCACCAUAUCCCCAGUCUGAAUCCCCCCGGCCGAACCAGACGGAUGCCUACCCGAAACCAUAUCCUCCUUCCUCCCCACAACAGGCGGGUUACGGGCAAUACCCGUCGGCACCACCACCAUAUUCCCCCCAGCCCACAGGGAGCACAGAUAGCCCGAAUGCUGAACCAGAGGAGAAGGAUAGAGGAUUUCUCGGUGCGGUCGCAGGCGGAGCGGCAGGUGCCUACGGUGGUCAUAAGGUCAACCACGGCUUCCUAGGCGCCAUCGGUGGGGCGAUCACCGGCUCAGUCGCGCAGGACGCGAUGAAGAAACAUAAAGAAAAGAAGGAGGAGGAGGAAAAGAAAAAGCAAUGGGCCGCUCAGCAAGCAGCCCAGCAAGCGGCUCAGCAACACGCUCAGCAGCACGCUCAGCAGCACGCCCCCCCUCCCAUGUUCUCCCCGCCCCCACACCAUGGACCUCCCAGGCAUGAUCCAACCCCACUGCGUGGGAACUUCUCUGCCUCAUCUCGCGACAUCCGUUUGGAGAGGGGCCAUGAGCUCGUCGCCCACUGUGGCGCAAUCUCGGGCCAAAUGCGUCCAUCAUCCAUUCCACUCAAUAACGUGCUGUCUAACCAGUACGGCAAGCUCGUGUGGGCACGGAAUGGCAACUUUGCAGCGUCGGCGCGGAAUAUUCGUCUGAUCGAAGGGGGCAAAGUGCUGGAGGCCGAACUCUCGAACGGCCGAGGGGGAUGGGAGCGAUCAUGGAUGAGGUUGGAUGAGCGUAUCUCCAAUCAAGAUGGCAAUCUUGUCUUUCUAGACUAG